CGCAGACGGUUUUGUUGCAUGACAUCGUCUGCUUGUGUGUUUUGCGCAACUGUGGGCUUUAUUUGUGACGACAUAAAUGUUGUGUUUUUCAUGCAGUUGCAUGCGAAUACUGUCAACAAAAUAGCACAACGUUUCGAAGCUUUUGUGUGAGGAAAUGUCUACCUGGACAAACGAAUUUGACGUCUUCAGGGACCUCGAUAGACUGUCAGGACUUGGAAGAAGUAAUGUAACGUAUCCUUCUUUGAACGCCUUUGGUAGAGGAAAGCUGAUAAUCAAGGAAGAUCGAAAUGGAAGAAAAACGAGGGUUGCUCAGUUUUCACCACCACCUAAAAUCCCAGUGCCACAGAGUUGUCUGGAAGAACAACAACCCAGUAAGAUGCAAGAUGAAACAACAUGGGAAAGAGAUAGAGACCUUUAUUUGCAGCUGAGAGAGAUUUGUGGACGUGGCUACUCUAAUGAAUUGAUAGAGGAGGAGUUUGGACAAACAGAGUGCCACAGCCAAGAACAAUUGAAUGGUAUUUCUUGCGAUACUGGUGUUGAAGAUUUGCUGGAAGAAGCAAGCAACAAAUUAAUUCUCUCUGACAAAGAGCAUACAACCUUGGCAUUAAAUAAAUCAGCAUCUUCACAGCUUCAGGCUUCGAAUACUGAAUUAGUAUUACCUGGUGCAAAGCAUUCACAACCAAGACUUUUUGUGCAUCCUCCAAAGCUGAAACCUAGCCGUAAUGCUCUACUGAAUAGCCUAGCCCGCAGGAAAAUUUUGCAGCUGUCUGACGAACCAGAAAUGACUGAUCUUCCCAUCACUUGCCAUGAAAGAGGAACUGGCUGUUUUGCAGAGGAUGUCAUUCCCAGUGAUAAAUGUCCACCAGUGUAUCGAGACGAGUCGAGCUGCUCUGAGUAACCUGAUGCAUGUGCACUGCCCAAGUGCCCAUGAUCUGUGAUGUGUUGGCCGCUACCUGCUUGGCUGUGCCGACCCCGUCGUUCGCCUUGGCUGCUGCUGCUACAGCUGCUUCUGCUAAGUCUGCUGCUGCUGCUGAACCCUGACCCUUGGUUUCAAACCUGUGAAGUGCAGGCUGCUCGGGCACCUCUGUGCAUGGUAGAUCUGCACUGUGUGCUGUUGUAGCCCUGAGUUACCCUGCACCCGCCAGCACUCCCUUCGGACUCUGCUGUUGUGGGGCGAAACUCCUACUUAUGGUGAUAGUUGCCACAGCUUCUUGUAGUUUGCCACUGCCUAAAUGCACAUCUGAUAUGGUGACUAGCUCUGUGAUGAACUGUGAUUAGAUCCAACCAGCUGCCUGCCUGCAACUGCUGCCAACAACUUCUCUAAAACUUCUCUAAGACUUGUUGCCAACACUAUCUGCUUGGUGUGUCCUGCUGCCAACUUUUGUUACUCUUUUCCCUGUACGUGCUUGGCAUGACUUAGUGUUAAGGGCUGCUUGCCACAUUAUUGAUGGUAUUUGUGCAUUAUUGUUAAGCAUUCUUCAGAGCCUGGGUGGAGGGGUAGAGAUGCCUGUCAGUAUGGUCAUACACUGCAUCCUCUGAGUAACCUGAUGCAUGUGCACUGCCCAAGUGCCCAUGAUCUGUGAUGUGUUGGCUGCUACCUGCGUGGCUGUGCCGACCCCAUCGUUCGCCUUGGCUGCUGCUGCUCAUGACGUAGGUCCGUCCCACCAAAAGGCCCUCUCUCUUUCUCCCUCUCGUCCCAUGCUCUCUAACCAGAGGUGCUGCCCUCCUAUUAUUCUUAAUUAGUCCGUGUCAAUGGCUCUGCUGUUAGAAUACACAAGGCCCACUUUGUGUAUUAAUAUCUUACAGCUAUUUAGCUCCUUCCCACACACGGCUAUCCAUCCACCUGGUGUCUGACCAGCCUGCACUUCCAGUUCUGUGGCUCCGUGUGUGUGUGUGUGUGUGUGUGUGUGUGUGUGUGUGUGUGUGUGUGUGAUGAUGUAAAUCCCAAAAAAUCACCCUAUUUGCUUGGCUGUCUUUAAUGCAGGUUUGUGACUGUAUACAAAAUAAAAAAGUUUGGCAGCUGCUCCUUGUUAACAAUAUAAACAUUCACUCAUUUCAUAUUGUUGAAGGCUUCCCUUUGAUUAGAUUUAUGGAAUACUGUGGACGAAUAAGUGACUAGUAGGUAAUUACAGUUACCAUGUGUUUUCUGUGUUUUGUUUAAAUGAUAUUCUGUUAGUUUUUUAUCAUUUCAAAGAAUUUUAAAUUACUUGCUACAGUAACAGCGUAGAGGGCCCUUCGGUUUACUUGCCCAGCACCUUCAUGUGCAACUGUGUUGAUUAGUGUUAAUAUAUGAGACCUUGGAGAACAAAGACCAUAAAGAGGAUAUGUAACUGUCGGUGAGAGAGAUUAGAGAGUUAUCACUUUUUCUGAUCACAGUUGUCCCUCCCUCUUCUGGGUACCUUGUCUUCCAUUUAUUGGGAUUAUUUCAAGCAUUGAACUUGAGUUGUCAACACGCACAUAAACAUAAACCAGACUGAAUACUUGAUGUGAAUUUUUCAACCUUGUUUAAGUGCUUUAGAUGACUCAGUGCCUCUACUAUGCUGUGAGUUGUUACCUUUACUGCUAAGUUAUUUACAUUCUGCCAGAGUUUUCCAUACUAUAUGAACAUUAAGCUUUUUUUUUUUUUUUAGUGAUAAAUGAAGUGACAUAAAUAAACCAUUCAGAAUCUUAUUUUACCAUUAACUAAUUGUUCAGUGUGAGUGUUUCAAUUGCUGUGUACCUCAUGUGGUUUACAAAUGAAUUAGUUGUGGCUUAACUAUGGGCAGUAACUGAAAGCUAGUCAUCGCUUUCUAUUUCUAUGGUGUGCAAUAUAUACAACAUUAUUUUGGUAUUGUAUAUUAAUAUCAAGAGAAUAUCAAAAUUAUAUUUUUCAUAGUCAUUAGAAAUAUUUAAUUAACUCCACUGAAGAUAAGCUACUGUAGGAGGAGUGUAUGAGAAUAACAGAAAAAAUUCUUUCAUUAAAAGGAAUGUUACUGCUUGUAAUGUUCCACAUUUAUUGCAAGUAAAUCCAGAAGUAAUUCUCUGACCUAAGUUCAGACCAGGAUAAAGAUUAUAUUAUGAAAAGAGUAGACUUCUACUCAUUGCAUAGUGAUGUUGACUUGCAGACAGUCACCACAAAAAUACUAGCAAGCACAUAAGCUUUCGGCCAAGAUAUUUUGACAUUUGUCAGCGUGAUGGUCAGCAUUUAACUAACUCAUUUGGGAAGGUGUGUGGAAGUUAGCAACUGGUGAUUUGCUCAUGGAACUAUCAUGGUGUGUUUGCUGGGAAAAAAUUAAGUAAAACAUAGAAACUGUGCAUUAUUUCAAGUGGCUAAUUAAUCUGAACAUUUUCAUUUCUAAUAAGAGGUUAGUUUCUAAACUACUGUGCCAUUUCACUUCGUAUAAAUUAAGAUAUGAAUUAUGAGGUAGCAAAACCUUAGCUCCAUAGCAGAAGUGCAAAAUUGGUAUUGCAUUUUCUGUAUUAAUGUGUUAGAAAUCAAUACUGAAAAUAGUGAUUCAUGUCUUGUUUCCACUAUAGUUAUUUGUUUGAAAACAAUGUGAGUAUAUUAACUUGCAUUUCAGUGUUUGCUUUACAAAGAAAUACUUAUAUGAAUUAAUUAUUAAGAGUUAAAGUUUCUUUUCUAUCUAAUGGGUAAACAGAAUUUCUAAAGUGCCUGUGUUAUCUGCAUGGCUUUGGUAAUACAGUGUAUAGUGAAGAUGAUGGGAUGGCUGAAGCAGAAUUGUGUUCAGAAUUUCAUCAGAUUCCAAAUUUCUUCCUAAUGAGUGAUUAACAAUAUUAAUGCUAGCAAUACAAAAGAAAGGGAAAAAAGCAACUCUGGACUUGUGCUGUAAAGAAGGAUGUUAAGUACUUCAGAGCAAAUACCUGGAAAAUGCAAUGACAACCCGUGUUCAUUAACACCAGAUAACCAUCUGUGGUGACACUCCUUACAAUCUUGUAUGGGGAGAAGUUACCACCAAAUGAUUCUUUUGGAACAGUGAUGCGAAGUGUCACUUUUCUCCAUGGGUUGUUUUUUCAUUGUUGAACUGUUGUGCCAUAUCUUUGUCACUCAGUAUCUUAACUGAAUGUGUGUUAAAUACAUAUUAGAAGCAGUGUUGCGUUUGAGAUAGUUGGAUAAAUCAGUUGCUGGUAAAUACUCAUUUGCUUUGGUCUGCUUUUUUAAAUAUGUAUUGUGUAUAUGGUUGAGAGGGGAUGAGAGAGGAUUUUAUUUUACAUUCAUGCAUUUAAGAAGUUGAACCACAUUUUCUGUGGUUAAAGAAAUGUUUGUACCAAUGAUACUGUUACAUUGUACCUGUAAACUUUUAAUUAAAAAAACAUUCCAUCACUGAGCACAUAGUGCAAUGAUGUAUUUCAAAAAUGACUAAUGAGUAGAAUGUUGCAAUGAUGUGUAUUGUUUGGUUGUUAUAUUGAUGAGGAAGACAGAUUAAGUGUUUCAAAUGAUAUCCUGUGAAUAAAAUAUGUCUGUAACCUGUGAA